AUGCUUCGGGCGGAUUCAUUCGAAAGCAUUUUCAUAAACAAUCCUGAAGUGAUGAAACUGUAUGAAUCGAGUAUUCACAGAUAUUUGUUUUCAUUGAAGCCCCUUCCAUCCACUCGAGUGCCUGCAACAGGUAUCGAUGAUCGUUUCCAGCGACUCAAAUUAGUUGAUCGAAUUACGGGUAAAGACGGUUUUGCGGACGAAUUUGAAGCGAUUCGCAAUUCAAAAAGCUUUCCUUGGAACCAUUCACAUUUUAGUGAUGACUUGAUGUGGAAGAAGUUGCAACAGCAAGAGCAGCCACAGUUUAUGAGUUUACGUGAGGGAAGAAAAACUGAAAACGUUGCUAAGAAUCGAUAUAAGAAUAUAAUACCAUACGAUCAUACACGAAUCAUCCUGAAAUGCAGUCAUGAUUCCCAAUUACACCAGCAACAACAGAAUUGUGAUGAUUAUAUCAAUGCGAACCGUAUUGAGAUUCUGUCGAAUGAGUAUCCGGAAUUUAACGGUUUGAAUCGACGAUAUAUCUCGACGCAGGGUUGUCUACCGAAUACGAUAAACGAUUUUUGGCGAAUGGUUUGGCAGCAAAAUUCACGAAUCAUUGUGAUGACAACGAAAGAAGUGGAACGUGGCCGAGUAAACUUCUUAAAAUAUAUAAAUUUUUUGAGCUUUUAG